AUGGUAUUAAUAUUUUAUAUUACAGGAGCUACAAAGGGAAUAGGAAAGUCUAUGGUUGAAAAGGUGUUGGCAAGAGGUGACAAGGUGGCAGCAACAUCAAGAGACAAAAAACAAUUAAAUGAUCUAUUUGGAAAGGAUAGUGAUAAGUUUUUGGCAUUGUCAGUGGCAUUGGCAGAUGAAGAGAGUGUCAAGAAAUCGAUAGAUGUUGCUGUCAAACAUUUUGGUACUCUGGAUGUAGUCAUUAAUAAUGCUGGCUAUUCUCAAGACGGACCGGUAGAAGAGACUACCGACCAGCAAGUACGUGAUAACAUGGACAUUAACUUGUUUGGUGCUUGGAAUGUUAUUCGUCACAGUGUUCCUAUUCUUCGUGAAAAACGGUCAGGUGUCAUACUCAACAUCUCUUCCGUAGCAGGUACCAUUGGGUACAGUGGAUUCGGUUCAUACUGUGCAACUAAAUUUGCUUUAGAUGGUAUGACUGAAUGUUUAGCAAUGGAAUUAAAACCAUUCAAUAUUAAAGUUGCUACUAUUAAUCCUGGAACAGACUUUUUAGCAAACCAAAAAAAAAAGGUUGCAAAGUCUGCUGAUUAUCAAAGUGUCUAUGACUUUUUGGAUAUGCAUAUUCAAAUCAAUGGAACACAAAGAGGUGAUCCUAAUAAAUUGGUUGAUGUCAUCUUUCAAGUGAUCAAUCACAAAGGUGAUAUUCCAAAUCAUUUGUACAUUGGACCAGAUGCAAAUGAAAUGGUUGAAAACAGUCUCAAUGCCAAAUUAAAGGAUCUAAAAGCUUGGAAAGAUAUUACUACCAAAACUGAUAUUGAUGGUUAUGUUGAUAAAAAGAAUCAAUAG